CGUAAGCAUGAAAUAACGACCCGGUUCUUUAUCCACCUUGUCCGUGGGAGGCCUGCCGCGUUGCCUUCCUGUCCGACUCCGUCUCCGGUUCCAUGGGAUCUUGUAGAUUGUUUCAUUUUCCCAUUUUGCCCCUUAAAAUCUGAUGUAUUUAUACAUUUCUCUCCAUCUGAAAAUGCCCCCGCACUCUCUCUUUCGUUCAUUCUUUGUACAUUUAAAACCCUCUUUUUGAUAUUCCAACCCAUCUUUUCUUUGAUUCUUCAUCUUGUAGAAAUGGGUUUUGGGAAGAACUCCCGACCCGGUAAGAGAUCCGCUUCUUCCUCUUCCUACCUAUCGACAAUCACGACCGUUGGUUUCGUGGCCCUCUGUGUACUUGGCGUAUGGAUGCUAACCUCCUCCUCCAUCGUCCCUGCGCAAACCACACGAUCCAACAGCGGCAGCGAUCCCCUGUCGUCGUCGUCUCGGUUGGGGAGAUCGGCGGUGGUGGAUCGUCAGCCGACUUUCGAUGAUGCGGAUAUCGCCGAUGAUCAGGACCUCGUGAUGUCUUCCCUAGGCCGCAGGUCGGGGCGGCCGGGCAAGGUGGACGAUGAUGAUGGCGUCGGCGAUGUUGGGAAGAUGGAUGAAAAGCCGUUGGCGGAGGAAGAGAGCCGUCAGAUCUCGGUCGGGGAAUCGGAUGAAGGUGAUAGGAAGCAGCAAGAGAGCAAUGCGGAUGGUAACGAAGGCAGUGGCGGUAAGGAUGAGGUGGUGGUCGAGGAUGAUCGAGAGAAGGAAGCAGCUUCUUCUGUUGAAAAGGAUACACAUGUAACAGAAGACGCUGCAGAAGGCCAGCCACAAUCGGAAGAGAGUAAUGAAAAUCAGCAGCAGCAGCAGGAAUUACAGAUGACAGGUGAGGGAAAUGAAGAGAAUCAGCAGCAGCAGCAAUCUAACCAAGGUGAAGAUGAAAUCGACAAAACUGGAAGUGAAGAGAAUCAGCAUCACCAAGCUGAAGAUGAAGUUGACAGAGCCCGAGAGCGGCCACAAGAGCAGGAAACAUCUGAUUCCCAAACGAACGAGGAAUCUCAACACCAAUCCCAACAAGAACAAGAACAGCAGCAACAAGAACAACAACAGCAAGAACCAGAACAGCAAGAACAAGAACAGCAGCAGCAAGAACAAGAACAACAGCAACAGGCGGAGAACGAUGAAGGGCAUCAGCAAUCCCAUCAAUCUAAUGAGGAGUCUGGGGGUGAUGGAAUCAAUGAGCAGCACUCACAGCAACAGUCGGAGAGUGAAAGCAGCGAUGGAAACCAGCAGCGAUCGGAGGCUGAAAGAGAGGAAGAGGAUCACCAGCAGUCGCAACAGCAACAGGUUGCAGAGGAUGAAAGCAACGGCGAAAACAAUCAGCAGCAGCAAUCCCAAGAAGCUGUUGACGAAAGCCAUUCUGUGGAGAAUCAUGAAUCCCAACAAAGUGAUGACGGAAUCACUGCUGGUGAGGAAACCCACCAGUCAGAAGGGAAGUUAUUGGAUCCACAUGCGGCCGAUUUGAUCCGGAAGGAAAGCAAGGGGCAUCAGCAAGGAUCGGCCUGGUCGACGCAGGCAGGCCGAUCCGAAAAUGAGAAGGAGAGGCAGGAGUCAUCAGGCUCCCAGAGAGGAGGAUCCAACAUAUAUGGGUACACUUGGGAGCUUUGUAAUGUCACUGCAGGCACGGAUUAUAUCCCUUGUCUUGACAAUGAGAAGGCCCUCAAGCAACUCCACACCACGGGACACUAUGAGCACCGAGAGAGGCAUUGCCCCGAAGAGAGCCCGUCAUGCCUUGUCCCACUUCCAGAGGGAUAUAAGCAGUCCAUUGAGUGGCCUAAAAGCAGAGAUAAGAUCUGGUAUAACAAUGUUCCUCAUACUAAGCUUGCAGUUGUGAAGGGCCACCAAAAUUGGGUGAAAGUUAUGGGGGAGUACCUCACGUUCCCUGGUGGUGGGACCCAAUUCAUACAUGGGGCACUCCAUUACAUUGAUUUCAUUCAACAGGCUGUUCCUAAGAUUGCAUGGGGGAAGCGAACCCGUGUGAUACUGGAUGUUGGCUGUGGAGUUGCCAGCUUUGGUGGCUUUCUUUUUGAGAGAGAUGUCCUUGCAAUGUCUUUCGCACCCAAAGAUGAACAUGAGGCUCAAGUUCAGUUUGCGCUUGAACGGGGAAUUCCAGCAAUAUCUGCAGUUAUGGGUUCCCAACGGCUGUCAUUUCCAAGCAGGGUCUUCGAUAUUGUGCACUGUGCACGUUGUCGGGUUCCUUGGCACGCAGAAGGUGGCACCCUUCUUCUGGAGUUGAACCGUGUGUUACGGCCUGGUGGUUACUUUGUCUGGUCGGCUACUCCUGUAUAUCAGAAGCUGAAAGAAGAUGUGGAGAUUUGGAAAGCCAUGAGUUCUCUGACGGCAUCAAUGUGUUGGGAACUUGUCACGAUCAAGAAGGACAAAUUGAAUUCUGUUGGUGCUGCCAUUUACCGUAAACCUACCUCCAAUGACUGUUACAACAGCAGAAAGCGUAACAAACCCCCGAUGUGCAAAGAAGAUGAUGAUCCAAAUGCUGCUUGGUACGUUCCAUUGCAGGCUUGCAUGCACAAAGUGCCUCUUGAUAGUGGCGAACGGGGCUCUCGAUGGCCCAAAGAUUGGCCACUUAGACUGCAGCAGCCUCCAUACUGGUUAAACAACACUCAAGUUGGAGUUUAUGGAAAACCAGCUCCCGCUGACUUUGUAUCUGACUACGAACACUGGAAACGAGUUGUGAGCAAGUCGUAUCUUAGUGGUCUGGGAAUCAGUUGGUCGAAUGUGAGGAACGUCAUGGACAUGAGAGCUGUUUAUGGGGGGUUUGCCGCAGCUCUGAAUGACCUCAAAGUCUGGGUUAUGAAUGUAGUUAACGUAGAUUCGCCAGACACCCUUCCCAUCAUUUAUGAGCGUGGUCUCUUUGGUAUUUAUCAUGAUUGGUGUGAAUCCUUCAGCACUUACCCAAGAACCUAUGAUCUACUCCAUGCAGACCACUUGUUCUCUAACCUGAAGAAAAGGUGCAAAAUUAUGCCUGUGAUGGCAGAAAUCGAUCGUAUAGUAAGACCAGGCGGUAAACUAAUUGUCCGUGACAAGUCUAGCGUCGUGAGUGAAGUUGAGAACUUGUUGAAGUCUCUGCACUGGGAGGUUCGUCUGACAUUUUCCAAAGACCAGAUAGGGUUACUCUCAGCACAGAAAACCAAUUGGCGGCCGGAGACAUUUUUAGGUUCUUCCUGAUGAAAGCUUCAUAUUUGUACUGCCAUCUGCAGUUUUUGAGUGUUUAACUAGGCCUGUGAUUUCUGCAAUUCUUUUCUGGCAUCAAUUUGUUAUAUCAUUAGUGUAUUCUGAAAUCGCCUGAUUUUUUUUAAGUGGCCGCAUGUAAGCUUGAAAACAUGUAAUGGGAAAGGGUUUUGUAGCAUGUAUUUGGUUUGCGGAACAUGGCAGUAUCAUAAAGCUUUUAUAGCUCACUUGCUUUCUCCC